AUGUGGAAAAACUUGAACAACCUGAAAGGAGUGAACGAAUCGAAAAAAGAAACGAUAAAGCUAGAGCUAAAUGGAAAAGUAACGGAGGAAGGAAAAACGGUGGCCAACGCGUUCAAUCACUAUUUCUGUAACAUAGGAAUUCAACUCGCUGCCACAAUCCCAAGAAAUGUCCACAGAAAUGAUCAUCGAUAUGUCGGAAACAGCAAUAGUAUUUAUCUUCGACCGGCAACAGAGCAAGAAGUUAUCCUUAGAAUAAGCAAACUCGACAACUCAAAAAGUCCGGGACCGGAUGAUAUUCCAGCUCAUUUUGUCAAAGCGAAUCAUACCAUUUUGGCACCCUUGAUCAGAGACGAAAAAAAGACUGAUUGCAGCAACUAUCGCCCGAUUUCUAUACUAUCGGUGUUCAGUAAGAUCUUGGAGCAGCUAAUAGCUGAUCGUGUCUCGCAAUUGCUGAAGCAUCACAAUAUCGAGUAUCGAGGAUCGAGUACUCUGACAGCAGCCUCUGAGCUAGUGGAUGCAAUCCACAAUGCCCUUGAUAACAGAAAAUUCAUGGGAGUUUUGUUCUUAGACUUGAAGAAGGCUUUUGAAACGAUCGACCAGACUAUUCUUCUCCGCAAACUAGAAUCUUGUGGAAUCAGAGAAUGUUCUCUCAGCUCUCGACAAAGUGCUAAUCUGUGUUCACCUUCUCCGUGCUACGCGACGGCAUCGGACCGUGAAAUUCUACACCGCUUCGAAGCGCAUUCCUUCGACAUCUUCCACUUCUUCCCACCAACACGAUCCAUCUCUCAACCUGAAUUACUUAUCGAAGAAAAGUACAAAACUCAGAACAAAAACAACAACAUCAACGGGAAGAUUCUCACCUAA